GAAAGAGGUGGGGCUGCCACAGCUCCCUCCACCCUUCCUCCCACCUGAGUUCAGCUGCUGCUGCUGCUGCUGCUUUGCCAGUGGCAGAGUCGUCCGUGUGCACUGUAACCUUGGCAUCCUCGGAGCAUCCAGCAGCUGCCAGGCACUUGCAGCCCUCUCAUGAAUGUCUUUCUUUUUCUCCAAGUGGCUGACUUCUGUUUUUCAAGGCUACUGUUUUCUAUCUCCUCGCUUAAAUACUGUAUCUUCUCGAAGUAUGGGAUUUGUAUGGAAACGAUGGUGGUAUCUUCAGCUGGGCUGUAUAUUGAUAAUGAAUUUGGUUUAUGCCAACCUAGAGUAUCAAAAAGAAACUCCUCCAAGCCUGCGUGAGAUUGACCAUCAGUGCUGGGAGGCAUCAUCCCAUGGGCUGGUGGAAAUGAAGAAACUCAAGGUAGCAGAUACAGUCAUUGCUCUCUGGGACUUCAUGAUGUUCCUAAAGGAAUCCCCUAAGCCCAAGCACAAUGAACUCUUCAAUGAUUUAGCCCAGAACUUCUGGGAUAUGUAUGUAGACUGUGUGCUCUCAAGAUCCCAUGGAAUGGGCAGAAGACAAUUAACAUCUCCCAAAUAUUCUUCCACAUACUCACACAGAACUUUAGAAGGGUCUGCUUUCACCAAUCCAUUUUAGGCCAAAAGGGGAGAAGAUGAAGAUACUUAAACAAGGCAACAUCAAAAUGAAGGAGCACAAAAUCACAAUAUAUAUUGUAGGUGUUUGGACAAAUCUUUUGGCAUAGUUCAAUCUCUUUUUAUUUUUCCUUUCUUUUUGUAUAAAGUAUUAAAUUGCUCCUAAACUGAAAAGUACAUGAACCCCCAGACUGGCACUUUUGCUUUCCUGUCUUGCAGUCUACCAAGCUUGCCUUUUCCUCACUGCAUGUGUGAAUGUGUUUGGAGUCAGUACCUCUGCUUUCCCAUGUAAACGUUAAAGUCUGGAUGU